GCGAGAGAGAGAGAGAGAUAGAGAGGGAGAGCGAGAGAGAGCGAGAGAGAGAGAGAGAGAGAGAGCGAGAGAGAGAGCGAGAGAGAGGCUGACUGAGGAAAGGAAAAGGGGUGGGGACGGCAGAGGGUGAAUGCAGGAAAGUUUUGCUUCGUAGCAACAAGUUGGAGAAACUCAGCAAACUGUGCAACAAAAUCCUCAGCCAGCUCGACAGCAAAGCAAACAGCGUGGGACUGAACACACACUCCCACUCCCACACAGGUUGAGGAGAGAGAGCAGAGCUUUAUUCCACGGUGUGUGUGUUAGCUAGCACAUUAGCCAGCCACGUUAGCAAUGUGUGAGGACGCAGUCCAAGCAGAGAGGAACAGCAUGGUGAGCAGCACCCACGAGAGCCAGGACCUGAUGGUCCCCAGCCCCGACCAACCCUCCCCCAGUCAAAGCCUCUCCCAGCUGGGCACAGGAGCUCUAAGCCCAGCCUCCGAAUCUGGAGCUCCUGGAGGAACCACCACCAAGGAGGGGCCACUAAGCCCAACACUGACCCCAGGGACGGGCCCGGUUAACGCCAUCACGGUGCUGACCCUCCUGGACAAACUGGUCAACAUGCUGGACACGGUGCAGGAGAACCAGCACAAGAUGGAGGAGCGUCAGGUGGAGAUGGAGGGAGCGGUGAUGGGGAUCCAGGCAGACAUGACCAAGCUGUCCAAGAGCCACACACACACCGCCAACACCGUCAGCAAGCUGCUGGACAAGAGCCGCAAGGUGUCCGUCACUAUGAAGGAGGUGCGCGACAGGAUGGAGCGACAGGCUGGACAGGUGAAGAAGCUGGAGGCAAACCACGCCCACCUACUCAAGAGGGACAACUUCAAAGUGCUCAUAUUCCAGGAGGAGAAUGAAAUCCCAACCAGUGUGUUUGUCAAGGAUACUGUUCCUUUCCCCCGUGAAGCUGAGGAGGGGGAGGAGCCCACCGCCGUCAUCGACGCCAACCGCUCCACGGAGGAGGGGCUUCACACCAUCGACCUAUCCUCGGACGAGGACGUAGGGCUGGAGGCGGACCUGGACGAGGUGGGAGAUGGCGUAUACGAGCUGGCCGGAGAGCACACAGACAAAUCCCGCACGGAUAAGUUUAAACGCUCCAGUCUAAAGAAGGUGGACAGUCUGAAGAGGGCCUUCUCCAAAGCGAAUAUAGAGAAGAAGAUGAACAAGAUUGUGUCACAGGAGAAACGAGAGAAGAUGAAGAAGAGCCUGACACCCAACCACCCAAAGAGCUCCUCCUUCAAAGUGUCCCCUCUCACGUUCAGCAUCAAGAAGAAUCGUAAGUCUGAGGGCCAACCUGAAGCUGAAGCAGAGGUGGAGGCCUCAUCCCAGACCGGGGUUUCGCCUACUGCCGUGGCCUCCAUCGAGAUCUCCCCGCUGGCCAACCCUGAUGAGGAGGUCCUCUUCACCGAGGUGCACUCCCAACUGGCUCCAGGGCUGGAGGAGUCCAAGGCUGAGGCUUUGGAGAUGGAAGAGGUGGCUGUCAGUGAAGUUCCAGAAUCUGACGAAAUUCCAGAAUCCAACGGUUUUUCUGAUUCCAAACCGUUCCUAGAAUCACACGUUCCUGAGGCGGAUGUGGAUCUGUCGGUUAUGACGGAGGGAGGGAGCGAGGAGUACGCUCUCUCUGCCACGCUACCGCAUGAUGCCUUCCACUCUAUCUCGCCCUUCGAUGAGGAAGACAGGGAGGAAAAGGUGCAGAGGGAGAAAGAGUAGGGGAAGGAAGGAGAGAAGGAAGUGUAGAAAGAGGUGGAGGAGAAGGAAGAGGAGUAAGAGAAGUAGGAGAGACUUGUGGAAUAGGAGCCCAGCUGUCAAAGUCCCCUAAAACACACACACACAAAAUAAAUACACAUAUACCUAUUCCCUAACAUACUUCCCCACUCCCACACUCUGUCCAUCAUCCUCUAAAAAACUCAGACCCUCUGUUCAAAAACACACACCCACACACACACAAUUACAGUUCAUUUCUGUGUGUCUUUCUGUAUGUCAUUGUGUGCAAUGUAUGUGCUUGCAUUUGUGUGUGUGUGUGUGUGUGUGUGUGUGUGUGUGUGUGUGUGUGUGUGUGUGUGUGUGUGUGUGUGUGUGUGUGUGUGUGUGUGUGUGUGUGUGUGUGUGUGUGUGUGUGUGUGUGUGUGUGUGUGUGUGUGUGCGUCAGGGGCAGAUUUCUGUUUCACAUGUAAAAGAGGAUGAUGAAGUUGCUAAAAGGUAUAAUUAUCUUCUUAUGCUUCUGCUUAAAGUUUAAACCUGAACGUAUACUUGUGUAUGUAAGAUGCUAACUUUGCUUGACCUAAUAUAUACAAUUCAAGCCAAUCAGUACAACACUUAAACUAGCUACAGAUAACGUGAUCUAACCAAAGAGUUUUGGUAUCCAUUACUGUCCGUACAGGUUUGCCUAGAGAAAACACCGCCAUAUAUUUUUCAACUAACCUGGUAUUGGCGAUACUGUCUUCCAUCUCCAUUCUGGGAAACAGUUAUUUUAGAAAUGUUUCUAUCCAGUGGCAGGUGGUUCAAAAAAAACACUGACAACUCAGAUAGUAAAUCCAUGUUUUGUACCGCGCAAGGAGGAUCCUCGCCAUCUUAGCUGUCGGACAUCUAGAAUUUUCCAGCAUCUUUGACAGAACUAGUAAUUUCUAUGCGAAGCGGCCGCGGCCAGACAGUGAGUCACGUUAAAACAAAACUCUACACACAUUGAUACAAAACAUGGAUUUACUAUCUUUCUGAGGUUUCUCUGCUGUUUGUACAACCACAUGCCACUGGACAUGGACAUUUAUAAGAUAACUGCUUUCCAGAAUCGAGAACAAAGAGAGUAUCGCCAAUACCGGGUUAAUUGAAGAAUCUAUAGCAGCGUUUUGUAUAGGCAAAUCUGUAACUCCCAGUAAUGGAUACCAAAAAUCUUUGGUUAUAUCACAUUAUCUGGUGUACAAUCUGUAGGUAUCAUCAUUCAUGACCCUCGAAUAUCUUAGUACUGUAUCAUCUCUCAGUGAAUGUAUAGAAAACAUAGAGAGAUAUAGCAUGGCAACAGUUGAUAAUAAAACAUUAUAAGGGUUCAUACCACAGGGUGGUGGCACCUUAAUUGGGGAGGACGGGCUCCUGGUAAUGGCUCGAGCAGAAUAAGUGCAUUAGUAUCAAAUACAUCAAACACAUGGUUUCCGUUCACUCCGUUCCAGCCAUUACAAUCGGUCGUCCUCCCCUUAGCAGCCUCCCCUGGUUCAUACAUAAUGUACAACAGGUAAUAAUGCAUUAUUGUAUACCUGUCAGCUUCAAGUAAAGUGUUAGUGAAGUAGCCUAUGUAGUCUUCUCUUAUUUCACUGGUGCCAAAGAAACUCCUCUUCAAUAUAUUGUCCAGAUUGUUAAAACUGUGAUUGUCAUGUUUCUUGCUCUUAUAUAUAAAAAAGAAUCUAUCUCCAGAAUCGUUAGAAUUCUAAAUAAAAACAUUGAAACUGUC